AUGGCUAAAAAACGGAGUAUUACAUCACUACCGGUAAUCUACAAGCACUCGUUUGUCAUCUGGGGUGCCUUGGUGUUAUUUGCUCCGUUGUUAUUUGUUAGAGAUGCACAUGAACUUCAAGCUCGAUGUCUCUUCUGUGUCGCCGUGAUGGGUUCUUACUGGGUUUUUGAAGCCUUACCACUUGCCAUAACUGCCUUUAUCCCAAUGAUCCUCUUCCCACUGUUUGGAAUCAUGAGAUCUGAAGAAGUUGCCAGAGCGUACCUCCCAGACACUUGUUUCCUCUUCAUGGGUGGUUUGAUGGUAGCGUUAGCUGUUGAAAAAUGCGAACUACAUGCUAGAAUAGCUUUAUUCGUAUUGAAAACAGUCGGGUCGGAACCAGCAAGAGUGAUGGCUGGAUUCAUGGGAGUCACUGGAUUCUUGAGUAUGUGGAUUUCAAACACUGCUACCACCGCAUUAAUGGUUCCAAUUGUUCAAAGUGUCAUCACUGAAUUGGUAUCCAACCAUCGAAUGGAAGAUCUAGUAGCACUUUGUGAGGCACAUCAGAGUAGCAACAGAAAGCAUAGCAUUGGUAUGAGACGACUUUCGCUGCCCAACGAAAAUAAUGAAAUCAAAAGGGAAGAAAUGGACACUGCUAUGUCGCCGAGAGAACAGAGAAUGGCGAAGGGGUUGAUGCUGAGUGUCUGCUUCUCUGCGAAUAUUGGUGGAGCAGCCACUAUCACUGGCACAGCUUCAAAUUUGGUGUUGAUAGGACAACUGAAUGAACUCUUCCCCGGUGCCGAUACUGGAGUCAAUUUCUUAUCCUGGCUGAUUUUUGCAUUCCCGAUGGUUUUCUGCUGCCUCAUCUACUGCUGGUGCGUUCUGUACCUUCUCUAUCUCCGCGGAGCUCCAAAGGGAUCUAUCAUCGUCAACAGAAAACUACAACAAAAAUACAAUGAGCUCAACAAUCUCUCAUUUGCCGAAAUCUCAGUCGUGUUCUGUUUCGCACUUCUUCUUCUUUUAUGGAUCCUCCGAGAGCCACAAGUUGUACCGGGAUGGGGUGAUAUGUUCAGAGAGGAAUUUGUGUCGGAUGCCACUAGCGCAAUGUUCAUUGUCAUUCUGCUCUUCACUCUUCCGGAAAAGCUUCCAAAUUUGAGAGGAAGAAACAAAAACGAGGCUCAGAAAGCUAGCAGUGGUCUUCUUGAUUGGGCAACAGUGCAAGAUAGAUUCCCAUGGAGUGUGCUUUUCUUGUUAGGUGGUGGAUUUGCACUGGCUGCUGGAGUAAAGGAAUCCGGACUCUCCCAUGACAUUGGAGCUAUCAUGAGAAACCUUGAAGUCUUCAACCACAACAUCAUCAUGCUAAUCUGUAUUAUGAUCAGCGUUAGCCUCACCAAUGUAUGCUCCAAUACUGUAAUCGCUUCCAUUUUUAUCCCAAUCGUCGCUGAGCUGGCUAGAUCUCUGGAAAUUGACCCAUUGAACUUCAUGCUUCCUGUCACCAUAUCUGCCUCCUUUGCUUUCCUGCUUCCAGUUGCUACUCCACCAAACGCCAUUGUCUUCUCUUCUGGAUACCUCAAAGUUUUUGAUAUGUUCAUCUCCGGACUCUGUGUCACCCUUGGAUGUGUAGUCCUCUCGAUGCUUAACAUGCUUCUCUGGGCUGGAUUUGUGUUCAAUCUUCACCUGUUCCCACAAUGGGCUAAGAACCCAUCACCACCACUGGAUGUUCAAGAUUGGGCCGUGGAGAAUAACAUGACGUUUGUUGCAAAACCAUAG